GAGCUUGAGUAUGUUUGCUUCCCCAGGCACUGACCAAACACAAACCCAGGGCUGGUAGUGCUGCAGGUUGUGGUGGUAUGCUUUCGAAAUCAGGCAGGCGAACGACCAAGCGAAAGCGCACCGUCUCCACUUCUGCAGUAAUGCAGCAGCAGCAAGGCACAUAACACAGUUACUGAAGAGGACACGAGGAGAUCUGCAGCCCGGUGACAGAGGAGGUGGAUGCACAGGACAAUGGCAUCUGAGCUGAUAUGGACCACUCUGAAGAUCAGAUGAAGACGCUUGCUGACUAUCGCAAUCUGAAGAGCUGCACCAGCGAUUGCAUCACUUGAUAAAAGCUUUUUUUAUUUCUAUUUAUUUAUUUUCAUAUUAUUUUGCGAGUGCUGGUCUGUACCCCUGUCGCGUUACUGCCCCUUCCAGCUUUGCUGACCAACGUUAACGAAAGCCUGCUCUUCUGCUGCAUGGGCCCUUCUGCCGCUGUGUGGACCGUCACGUAGACGAUGGAGGAGCGCUUACGAGCGGCCGUCGUUUCUACGCGAUAGCGGGGAUUCUGUGUGGCCUGCGAAACUGGGAGAACACCGUGAGCUAAGCUAAGCUGCCGUUGCGGUGAAAGAAAUAAGGCGGGGUGCAUUUCGUUUGUCAGCUAAAGGCAGUUAACUACAUAUCUAGGUGGUGAAGUUUUAAAAUUAGUAGCCACGUAACUGCAUUUACUUUAUAUUAUUAGCCACAUAGCCUGGAGCAGUGGCUAGCUAACCUAGCUAACACUACCAGCCAGCCAGACUGCUUGCUUGUUCUGUUUUGAAGCCCAAAGUAACGCCUAACCUAACUAGCUAGAGUAUUUUUUUACACUACGGGGAGACUUGCUUUGGGAGGACAGUUUGUGUGGUGGAUGCACUUUAUUUAACGUAUCACUGUGUUAUAGAUAUAUCUACAUUUUUCGCUUGUCAGCAGCUGCUGCAGGACGAAGGAGGGUCGUUUGGCCAGCCCUAGCUAAGGUCCUGUGACAUUUGUCGAGGGUAUCUACUCUAAAACUGCUCAUACAAGUCUCAGACUUAUACGUGUGCUAGUAUAAGUCAUGACCAGUUGACUGUGGAGCGCAGUCUUUCAUAGCUAUGACCGUUCUGUGGUUAAAAAGUGUUUCAGGCUUGUUGACGUUUCCAUAAUAAGUCCAAAACGAGGGGCAAGAUUCGUGACACUGCCAUUUCUGGACAAGAACAGCCCUGAAGCCUGCUGUACAUCUAGUCAAAGCCACUGAAUUUAAAGCAGAAAGGAAAUCUUGUGUUGUGUGUUAUACCACCAGUACGGUAUUAAAGUGACUGGGCAGCACCAUACUGUCCAGCUCUCCAGGCCUGGACCUCCCAGCUCAGUGCAUCACAUGAGAAGAUGAGUGGUAGGACCACUGCUUUGUUUCAAAUGAAAGGGUUCCAGCAAAAGAAUAUCUGCUGUUGAAUGAACCAAGAGACAGAAAAGCUGAGACGGACCCUUCGCUUAAGGAGAUGACCAAACAUUGAUCAUAUUUUGCUACACAGACGAGUGGACAAGCUACGGACACUGUGCAGCCAUGAGUGUUCGACCUCCGACCUCUACUCUGGACAGUCCGUUUGCUGCUUGGUUGAGCAGUUUGACAAUAGGAGAUUCAGAGCGCAAGUCUUCUGUUGGCCAGCAGAGGGAGUCUGCAGCAGAGCUUCCUGCUGAGGGUGCAGGUCUGGUGCAGAGAUGCGUGGUUGUGCAGAGGGACACUCUGGGCUUCGGCUUCACUGUAUGUGGAGAGAGGAUCAAGCUCGUGCAGAAUGUUCGUCCAGGUGGAGCAGCAGUAAAGGCGGGGGUGCAGGAGGGAGACCGAAUCAUUAAGGUCAACGGCUCGUUGGUGUCGUCCAUGUCUCAUCAGGAAGUGGUGAAGAUGAUCAAAUCUGGGACCUAUGUGGCACUGACGCUGCAGGGCCCGCCGCCUUCCGUAGCCUCUGUCCCCCUUCAGCGCCUUGCUUCAGACCUUUUGCCCAAUCACAGGACAUCUUUAGGAGGUGAAGCUCCACCUCCACCACCUCCACCCCUGCCGGCCACAGGAAUAGGUACCCCUUCACAGAGAAUCACCGGCCCCAAACCGUUACAGGACCCAGAAGUCCAAAAACAUGCCACACAGAUCCUUAGAAAGAUGCUGGAGCAAGAGGAGGCAGAGCUUCAGGGCUUGCUGGAGGAGCAGUCCAGAAACCCCUCUCCAUCUUUAGAGGAGAGAAUAGAAAGUGCCAAAAGACGAGCGAACCAAGUCAGAGUGAAAAUUCAGCAAGAUCUGGAUGGAACACGCUCUGAGACCAACUAUAUGAUCGCUGGAGAAGGUCGAUUAUCUAUAGAUUCAGGGGAAGGGGAAUUUGAGGCAUGUGAGAGCCCCUUCUCCUCCCCUGUUUCGUCCUUCCGGACCCCUCAACACCGUAGACAAGGCUCCGACACACAUACUGUCGAUUCGGGAGGGAAGGCUCAUAUAAUUGGCCCAGAGGAAGAGGAGGAAGAUGAUGACAGCUAUACAAUCAAUGAAAUGGAUGGUCCAUUUCAGGACAUUGAGCUGCUGAAAAGCCGUCCAGCGCAUAUGACUGUUUUUAUGAGAUACAUUUUCAGUCAGCUGCUGGACCCUAACCCACUGCUGUUCUACCUGUCUGUGGAGGCGUACCUGGGAUCAAGCGCUAAAGAAGCUCGUGCUCUUGCUCCACAAAUCUGCUCCUACUUCCUGGACUCUGAUGCUCCUCUGAAGAUUAAAGUCAGAGAUGAGUAUCUGUCAGAUAUAGAGAGUCGUCUCCAUGCUCAGGAGGACAUCAGAGGUCCACUGUCCGAGCUUCAACAGCAGGUGCUUCCAGACAUACAGGACCAAAUACAGGACUACAGGAAUAAGCAGAUGAUGGGGCUGGGCUCGCUGUUUGGGGAGAGUGAUCUUCAGCAGUUAGAUGGUGAUCCAGCGAAAGAGAAACACGUAGUGGACAGACAGGUCACUGCACUGUGGGAGCUCCUAUCAAAGCACGAAGAGGAGAAAAGUUCACCGUUGGCGUCGACUGUCCUCCUCUACCUGCGGCACUCGGGCAUCAAGCUGCGAGACUCAAAGGUUUUCCCAGGCUUGACCACAGAGAAGGAAAAGUGGCUUGCUUUCUUCCCCAAAACCAAGAAGCAGCUGGGUGGCAUCAAGAAGGAGAAAGAUGGAGAGGAUAAGAAGAGAAAUCCAAUCUUGAAGUACAUCGGCAAACCCCGGAGCUCAUCCCAGUCCACGUUCCAUGUCCCGUUAUCCCCUACAGAAGUUCGUCCAGGCAACGUGAAGAACAUAAUUCAGCAAUUUGAGAACCAUACAGAUUCUGUUGGGGAAGACGGAGAGAACGAGGGACAGAGACUCUCCACUGGCAGCCUUGGUGACGACAGCAUGGACAGUCCUACAGUGUCAGUGCGUUUGGCCCGCAGUGAGUCUCUGAAGGCUCAGGGAGAGGGUCGUCGCCGUGGUGGCGGAACAGGCUCAGAGACUGUCCCCCGCUCGCGCAGCGAUGUGGACAUGGACGAUUGCGAAGAGCGAGAGGGUCCAGGGCUACGGCCGUUACAUCACAGCGCCUCGUCCUCAGCGUCCAGCAGCUCCGGCAGGUCGCUGGAGAAUCCCACACCACCUUACACGCCUCGCUCCAGACGCAGGAGUGUGGAUACACCACUCGCACUGUUGCCAGACACUCCUGCUUUAGAUGAGGACAUGGUUGAUUUUCAAAAUUGGCAGGAAACUGUUGAGCCACAUACAUUGACUUUACUCAGCCCACGAGAGAUUGAGCGACAAGCCGUCAUCUAUGAGUUAUUCACAACGGAAACAUCUCAUCUGCGGACUCUCAGGGUUCUAGAUCAAGUGUUCUUCCAGAAGAUGAGGAAUGUUCUAACAUCAGAGGAACUUUCCUGCAUCUUUCCCAACCUGCCUCAGGUCUACGACCUCCACGCGAACCUGUAUGAGUCGAUGAAGAAGCUGAGGGAAUCUCCUAUAGUCCAAGGCAUUGGAGAAAUCAUGCUAGCUAGAUUUGAGGAUGCCGAAGGAGAGGAGUUCCAAGAUCACGUGUCUCAUAUGUGCAGUCAGCAGAGUCAGGCACUGGAGCUCAUUAAGAACAAACAACGCAAAGACCCACGCUUUGCUCACCUUAUACAGGAGUGUGAGGCCAGUCCCCACUGCAGACGGCUCCAGUUGAAAGACUUGCUAGUGUCCGAGAUGCAGCGACUCACCAAAUACCCCCUCUUGCUGGAUAACAUCAUUAAAUACACAGAAGCCAGUUCCCCAGACCUUCAGCCAUUGCAGAGGGCACAAGCAUGUUGCCGUGGCAUACUGCAGACUGUCAAUGAGGUUGUCAGGGAGACAGAGCAUCGGCAACGGCUCUACCAAUAUCAGCGCAGGCUGGACUUAUCGCCUCUGGAGAGACUCGCCAGUCCUGUUGCAGCACAGUUCAAGAAUCUGGACUUGACCACUAAGAGAAUGAUCCAUGAAGGUCCCCUGACAUGGAAAGUCAGUAAAGACAAAGCUAUAGAGAUUCAGGCUCUACUGCUCUCGGACCUGUUGGUGCUCCUCCAGAAGGCUCCAGAUGACCGUUUCAUUCUGCGCUGUCCGUCCCGUUCGCUAGGUGGUGUUGGAGGCGGGAACACGGACCUCAAAGCCCCAUUUUGCCCUGUGGUCCGCCUCGACUCCUCCCUCGUUAGAUCCGUGGCUACAGAUAACAAGGCCCUGUAUGUGAUCAGUACCUCAGAGAGACAGAUAUACGAAUUGGUGGCUGGGACUUCGUCUGAGAAAAACACCUGGAAAGACCUUUUAGAAAAGACAAUCUCCUUGGCCUCUGGAGGCACGGGGACCACCAAACAAGGAUCGCCAGCUCCGUCUGCUGUUCUGCGAUACCAUGGUAACCAUGUUAGUCAAUUAGAUGGUUCGUUAACGGAAGAGUCUGGCUCUAUGGAGAGAGAUUCACAGAGUGAUGAUGAAAGUGUUCUCACGCCCACAACCCCAACUGACCAAUCAGGAGUCUUCCUUCAUCCCGAUGGGCACGGCUACUUGGGAGAGCGAGCUGAAAUUGCAGAGUCUGCGCUUCGAGACGUGGAGACACUCAGACAGCUGAUCUUCCGAGACCUUGAUGAUGGGUGGAGCCAAGAUUCAGAUGACACGCCUACAAACGAGACAGCCAAUGAGAGGAGUCCAUUCACAGAUCAAGCAGGGCCAGAAGUGUCUGAGCCUACUUUCAGAGAAAGCCCCAGCCAGCCGAUGGAAGAUCAAGUAGAUACGCCACCACUGGAGGUGGUGCAGCAGACUGUGCAGGUUGUGAGGAAAGCUGUGGGUGCGGGCUCUUCUUCUAUUCCUGAUGACAUCACUGAUGUCAACCCCAACCAAUCUUCUGAGUCAAAAGGGAACAUGUUCUACCUAGUGAUGCCCAAAGACCAGAUGGGUGCUCUUACAGAAGAGAGCAGCACAGAUGAGGUCAAAGAUCUGAGCACUGCAGAGGCUGCCAGCCAAGCACAGGAAGUGACAUCAUUGUCCUCAGAUCAAGAGGAUGAAGAGCAAGAGACCCCUUGCCGGUCACCAAAUAACGAAUCGCAUCCAGAGACACUGAGUCAUGGGCUCAGCCAAUCGUGGGCCAGCAGACAGCGACAUGUGAUAAAGAACGUGAAUGAGAUUUUUCAAACAAUUGAGGAGAUGAUGAAAAAGUUACACCAGCUUCGGGAUAUUGAAGAAGACUAUUACAGACUGCUGAGGACAACAAGAAAGUCCACAGUCAGUCAAGGCUUAGAUGACCUCAUCCACACGACUCCCUCCAUCAACAGGACACCAUCCAUGGACAGAGGGACAGGCGAUGGUAUAGAAGGAGGCCCAGCAGAACCAGUUCACCCGGAGAUCCAUUCUACAGGAUUUUGACAUUACACUAGACACACUGAAGGACUUGAACAGUGUACACAAACCUGGCCUUCCUGCCAUCUCUUACAUUCUAUGUAGCCCCUUCCUAGAAAUCCCAGCAUGCCUUGCUCCUGGGAAAACCCAGGAAAAAUUGUGUGUUGUUUGUGUCGUCUCCAACCAGGUAAAGAGAGACAGGACAGACGAAUCUUCAGCACACAUGCGGAUAAGAGAAGGGAAGAAAAGAGCAGGGAAAAAGUGAACUGGAGGAAUGAAGGUGGAAAAUGAGUGGUAUACGCUCAGAAGAGAAGAAGUGUAAGGUUCUGAAAUGUUUUAAAGAAAACAAAUGAAGCUAACGUUGGAGCACAGAAAGUGAUGUUAAAGCGAGUUAAAAUAAUUAUUAGGGAAUGAAAAAAGGAAAAAGAAAUGGGACUAAAAUGAUAGAUUGAAAAGGUUCAGCUGAGGAAAUGACUCUGCCCUUUGAAGGAACCCCCCCAGCACUUUACCCACUGUAUAUCAAUACUCCUUGCUUUCACCUCAUUAGUGAUAAACUGGGAACCCAACUGGUGCCACUUUGGUUCAGGAGCCAAGAUGGCAGUCUCCACCACUGGUCGCCUUACGGUGUGUGGAUGGAUGACUUUUGAAAAACAAAUUCAGGUUCUUUUGCACUGGGACCCCUGCAAGAGACAUGGGCCCCAAGUAAGGAUGAUGCAUUAGUAUCAUAAGUUUAUGUUAUAGCUUUUAUUUCAUAAAUAAACACUAUGUGAGGAAAAGGGGAAAAGAGGGAUGAAGGACUAGCUACGUUUCUGAUGAGUUUUCUUUAAGCGUUCUGUGGGAGUGAAACCAGUUUGGCUCUGUCUCUUUACGCACAAUGGUUAAGGCAGGAGUUACUGGGGUUGCACUAGCAAUGCUUCAUGGCAACACUACUGGACUGCUCACUACUGUAUUGCUGUAUGGUUCAGCCCUGUUCCAGACUGACUCCUGUGAACGUCGAGAGAGAAACCUCGAUGGUAAAAUGGAACCUAUUUAUAAAUGUGUUGUCUAAUAUCAUGUCAUAUUACCUGUGAUGAGACACGUUCUGUGUGGUGUAAAUACUGUGAAGUUUGUCCCUCACCUCUUUGCCAUUGCUCGGUGAUGCUGCUGCAGGCGUUAAGGACACAUGAAGGGAUUCGUACUUCGAUCUGUAAAGAUGUUGGGAGUGGCUUCUUUAUACUGGUUUUAGAUCAGUUUUGCUGUUCUCGCUCAGCCUCUCCAUGUGCUGCGUCUUCAGCAUAUGGUCAGUUACCACAGACAGCAGUUUUUCUGUAGUUAGAAAAGAACAGAAAUGGGUAUAUGAUGACAUAAUAGGAGUCGAUAGGAAGGUGUUUCAGCAUCUGCCCAUUGGCAUCUAUUAUGUGACUUUGAAGUCCACAUUUUAAGCUCUUUGAAAACACAACAUAAGGGAAAUGCAUCAUUUUUUUGUGGAAAUCUACCACCUGCAACCAAUUUAGCAGAUUAGGUGGGGAAAUUUUGAAGGAUUCCUUUAAAGGGAAUUUUUUUUCUAAAUGUCUGCAUAAUUCAGAUGUUGAUAUGUAAGUCAGAUUUCUUUAAGUGGCGAUAGGAACCAGGAGUUUCAAUGUUUAGAGCACAAAUAUAGAGAUUUAACUCACUAUCCAAAACCACCGUUGACGCUACACAUUGUCUGAAUCUUUUUAUAAAAUGUUAAUAAUGGUAAGAUAAUAAAAUAUUUUUUGGGACUAUUUUGCCUAACAAUGCCCUACAUGUACCUUCUUCACUAUAAAUGUAUGUGAGGAAAUAGUCUGCCUAAAGCAUAUCUCAAAACCAUCAUAAAACAUUGUCUCAGAAAUCAGUCUUUGUAUUCUGAACCAUUUCAUGUCAUGUCUUGGAGCUUUUGGAGACAAAUGCUUCAGACGUCUGGUUCCUACCACUGUGAACAAGUUUCCACAAUGAAGUAUUUCAUGUCAAAACACUCUGAAGGACUUCUAAACUCUAAUUAUGUAGAAAUUUUGAAAACGCGAUGGAUUUCCCCUUUAAUGGCUGACGAAAAGAUCAGCUUCUACUCAGAGCAUCUGAACAGUCUAACACUAGAAUAGGAGAGCAUAUUUCACUAGUAUUUAACUUUUAAACUCUAACAAAGGGAGAAGGAAGAAUGGACCUCCGCUGUAUGGGUCCGUACGGUUCUCUAGUCCGUGCAGGACUGCUGAGAGUUUCUGCUCUGACUGGAUUUUGGGUUGAACGCUUGUAUGUAACUAUUGUGUAACUCAGGUGGAGAAAUGUAGACCCUAUUUCUCUUUAGCUUUAACUCCUACACCCUUUUCCAUCUUCCCACCUUUUUUCGGUCCUGUUCUUUACUCUUCAGUUUCACUCUUUCCACUGAGGUCUUCUUUCCCACCAUCUUUCCAUCUCCACACUUGUUUGUACUUUUUGUAAAAAAUGACAAAUGCACAAUGAAAGAUAGUAAAACUGAGAGAAACCGGAGCUCGUGCAAACUACUGUCUGCAUAUACAUCAAUCAUCAUUUUUUUAUUAUUAUUGUUUAUUAUUCUCAAACUUGUUCACUCAUGUAAUAUAGACAUGGCACCCUUGUUUUAUAUGUUCAUUUUAUGUAAAGCUCUAGUUACUUUCAUUUUAUUUUUGUAGAUAUGGGAAAAAACUGUAAAUUAUUUUCUCUCCCUCUUUUUAAAAUGCUGAGAUUGUUAGCUGCACAGAAGGAAAUUGAGAACUCAUGUUAAAGACUCAUUUGUUUUGUGACAUUAAAAAAAGAACUGUUUAAAAAUCCCGGUGUUGCAGUGAUCACUGCCCUGAACUCUUGUGUGGCACUGACCUUUCAGACACUUCUCAGAUUUUUAACCACUUCUUUUGACCUCUUGCAGCUGAUUAAUGACAAGUUUGAGCAGUUGAGCUAGUCAUGUAUAAUAAACAAUUUUGGAGUGCAUAUUCAGAAUCCAGAGAUCAAGUAGAGGAACUUGGGUCCCUCCUGACCACGUGAUGGGGCCAAAUCUGAUCUUAACGCAUUUACUGAAUGGCUGUGCUCCAAUAAAAUCAGAGGUUUCACCAGAA